AUGCCAUCACCUGUUGGUAUUGUGUAUUCUAGUGAAGUUCACCACCUUUCUUGUCUGUCGCCAAAAUACGAAAAUCGCUUCUCGCUUGUUAUGGGUCUAAUAUUCGCUUAUGGUUUGGCGAAAAAGCUCCUGAGAAUACCACCACUAGAACUGUGCUCCUCGAAAGAAAUGCAACAUUUGACCCAAUUUCAUAGUGAGGACUAUGUUAAAGCCCUCCAGCUUCUGGAUAGUAUCUACGCCUUGGACGAUGAGCCGAAUAUCCCUGAUGAUAUAUCUGAACAUCUUGAUGUUUUCGGCCUCAGCUACGAUUGUAGCGGAUUUAGGGGCGUAUACGCCUACGCUCUUUCCGCUGUUCGAGGCACUUUAGCAGCUGUUGAUUCCUUGGUUGAUUCUCGUUGUAAGAUUGCGAUCAACUGGGCGGGUGGUUGGCAUCAUGCCAAACGCUCCGAAGCUUCGGGCUUUUGCUAUCUCAAUGAUGUUGUCCUGGGAGCUCAGCGUCUCCUUUCCGCACCCAAAUUUUCUUCGGGUCCAUUGCUUUACGUUGACUUAGACCUUCAUCACGGCGAUGGUGUGGAGGAGGCUUUCGCUUACACCUCUCGCGUUGUCACGUUUUCUGUUCAUCACGGUGCCUGUGGAUUUUUCCCUGGUUCAGGUGUGCCUGAUUCAUCCACUGGAGAUUACUUCAAGGGAGCACGUGGGGGUCGAUUUUCGUGUUUUAAUUUGCCUUUGGCCGAAGGUGCUGACGAUCGUCUUUGGUGGUCCUCGGUGGAGCCUGUUCUUACUUCUCUCUAUCGAUCUAUAAACCCCAUCGCCAUCUUUGUCCAAUGCGGCGCUGAUGCUCUUUCAACGGAUCCACAUCGAAUUUUCAAUUUGUCUGCCUCUCUCACUUCAAAUCAGUCGGCUUAUGUAUCUGCUUUAAAGCUGAUGCUAAGCUGGGGUCUCCCUACACUCAUAUUGGGCGGAGGUGGGUACCACCUUCCAGACACGGCUAGACUGUGGCUAAUAUUGACAGCUGUUGCUAUCUCCUGUGGCACCGGUGAACAGAUCUCUCUCAACCAAGAUAUUCCAGACCACUCGAAUCUUUCUUCAUUCGGGCCUGAUUUCACCAUAGAUGUGAGUCCUUCCAUGCGACUUAAUCGGAAUUCAGAGGAGGCUGUCUCUCAGACCGUUGAACGACUUCUUCGCCAGAUUGAUGAUUAUUGUGGUUUUAACGACAUUUAA